UCGCUACCAACGUAAAACCGAUCGCAGAUACUUUCGUAGCCAAACAUUUCACUACUCCGCAGAGUUAGACCCGCACGGCGCGCGCCAAUGCUGCUUUCGAACCUGCGUUUUGGAUUGGAGCAGCGCUGGUCGCAGAUGACGAGCGUAGCAGUCACUUUUCGUAAUUCAUCCAGGUGAGCUGCGUCUCUGGCGGUUGGCGGACCCAACUCGAACCUACAACAAUUACAGUUGAAGACAGCGCGAAAGUGUGCGCCCACGAUACUCGUGAUUCAGUGCUCGGGACUCCCAGCACCGCAGACGCCGGACAUCCCGGUCUGAGUACUUUUCUUGUGGCAGAAUUCGUGAAGUGUCCCUAAAGUGAAAGAAAUUGUGACGAAGGUGCUGCAUAAGAAAUUCUGGUUACGCAAUAUACGAGUGCACGCAGUGUUGUCGGUGGCGGGAUAGUGGCCCAGCCAAAAAAGGAAUGCUCGUGCUCGAAAAGUGCUAAGUGAUCGCUCGAGAAGGAAGUUACUGGAUUUGGCCUUGCGUAGUCGCCUAUCAAAUCGUGCUUGACGUGCAACCAGCCUUUUGGAUUACUCUCCAUCAUCCGCCAAAGGAUUACAAAACUAACCCCAAAGACCAUUGACGUGUUUCUCCUGCGCCGACCAUGGGACAAGAAAGAGGAUUCGAGUCAGCCGCAAUUUGAAGAUCACCUCCAUUAGUAAGCGAGCGGCACCGCGUCUGAAGCCUCCACAAACGCUGUAGAAGACACUACUCACUAAAUUGAUCCCGGAAAAAUGAUCUGAAUUUCACAUUGAAAAUGUCUCGCCGUGAUUUAUUGAGAUUCGAAGUGUAUCCAAAUCAUUAGUUUCCGCACGAGGUAUCUUACACUGUCGCGGAUUUGUUAUUGUUUCCGUUGUUUUCUGUCUGCUUCAACUGUUGCUUCCUUUGAAUUUUUGUAGAAAUUCCAGUGUUCUGUCCGUGUUUUUGCUUAUUCAAGCUUUGCAUCGUUUUGUUGCCUUUGUUUGUUGAAAGUGCAUUAAAUUUGUUUCGUUUGUUCUCAUUACUGAGUUCAGAAAAGUGCUGUCCAGGUGGAUAACGUGAUUUUUAUUCAGUCCUUCAAUAUGAUAGUGCGGUGGUUAUUUUUUGUUAGUUUCCUAUUUUUAACGCUAUUUCAAUUUUCCCGGGGCCAUGUAGCACUCACAUUUCCACCGGCGCGGAAAUAUGAUUUGGAUUUCUUAGAUAACUCGAGGACGAAACCUCCUUGCGGAAUGCCGAAAGGGGAUAUACGCACGUCGUUCCUGUCAGGAUCAAGCUUCAACGUUACUUGGCAUCUAGCAUAUCCACAUCGAGGUGGAUUUCGAUUACAAAUAUUGGACCCUCUGGAUAGGCCUGUGCUUGAUUUGACACCAUCUUUCAAUGGAUCCGAAUUUGUCCGGACGGACGUUACAGCUCAAUCCUAUGGAGUACAAAUUCCCAAUGAUUUCACCUGCCUUAAUUGCACACUACGACUUCUCCGUCAAGCAGAUGAAUGGUCCAAUGGAUACCGAUUUUGGUCAUGCUCGGAUAUCGAUAUCAAAGAAAGAAAAGCAUUCCGAGAAACCUGCUCCGGAAAUGGGAAACAUUUCUCUCGAUGCAAAUGCAACAAGAACUACUAUGGCAGUAGAUGUCAAUAUCAUGACGAAUGUACUGUGAACCAGGAUUGUGGAAUUCAAGGACAAUGCAUAGAUCUCAAGGGAACAGCUUUACCAAGGAAACAGUGCUUCUGUAACUUUGGAUUCUUUGGUCCUGGAUGCAAUAAGAGAACCCCAUAUAAAUCCAUGAAAUUCGACUUUUCCAUCUACUCUAAACGGGAGCUUUCGCCAGACUAUACUAUCUACUGGCGAAUUCUUGAAGAAUCAAAGGAAAUUGAAAUGGCAAUGAUCGUCAAUGGAACUUCAUGGGUGGGCCUUGGAUGGCGCCCGAGAAAUCUUACAGCAACAUGUAAAAAUUUCCCAGUAAUACAAGACUCACUGCAGAAAUCAGACGCUUCAUCACCCGAACCACUACCAAAGCCAGAACCAAAGUCCGAGCCGGAACCUAAAUCUGAACCUGAACCGAAAUCAGAGCCAGAGCCAAGUUCAGAGCCCGAACCAACCUCAGAACCUGAACCAAAAUCGGAAGCAGAGCCGAAAUCAGAGCCAGAACCAAAAUCGGAACCAGAGCCAGAACCAAGUUCUGAACCUGUACCUACAACAGAACCGGAGCCAGCUUCGGAGCCAAAGGCCGAGCGCUUCACAACAGGAGAGCCUUCUCCUGAAGCGGCUGGCAAGUCUCUUCAACCUUCGCUCAAAUCUAAACGUGUGGCAUCAGAGUUUCAAGCAACGAAAUCCCCCGAAAUUACGGUAGCAACCAGCGUUUCGUAUCGCGUUAGUGCCGUAGCAGGUCGAAGGCGACGUGACACACCGACUACAAGUAUCCCCACACCAGAACCGUCAAGUAAAGAACCAUCCGCAGAGCCCGAACCUUCCUCCGAACCGGAGCCUUUUUCCAAAUCCGAACCUUCCACCGAACCCAAACCAACUUCCGAACCGGAACCAAAAUCUGAGCCAGAACCUCAAUCCGAAUCCGAACCUAAAUCAGAACCUGAGCCCAAAUCAGAACCAGAACCCUCUUCCGAACCUGAGCCCUCUUCCGAGCCUGAACCCACUUCCGAACCUGAACCCUCUUCGGAACCUGAGCCCUCCUCCGAACCUGAACCAUCCUCAGAACCCGAACCCAAAUCACAGCCUGAACCUUCUGCACAGUCAGAACCUUCACCUGAACCUGAACCAAAAUCAGAACCAGAACCAUCAUCCGAGCCCGAACCGAAAAGUAAAAACGAGUCUGCAUCUAGACAAAUUACUAAACCUACAGGUACCCAACCAAAGAACUUAAAUCCCUAUACGCCAAGACACGACUUCAAUGCAAUGGAUUGUACAGACAUAAUUAUUGGAAGCGCCCGAGGUAAAACUAGCCGAAUAGGUGAUUUUUACACACGAGAUCGUUCUACUCCAAGAGUGGACGAAUUCUGGGGUGGCAAAUCGCAUCUCACAGCUGCUGCUGGCUUCGAAGAAAACGGGGUCACGACUAUAAUAUUCAGGAGGAAGCUACAAGCGGAUGAGCCAACGGAUCACAGUAUUAUCGACGAUCUCACUCAUGUUAUUUGGGCUAAAGGGCAAGAACCAGGUAAAUAUGUACACGUCCCUCUGUCAGGAUUAGAGAAGGAGAAAGCAACCAUAUUGGAAUUCUACCAGCCGGACGAGCUGAAAUAUCAUGGACAUAAGAUGCAACGGGGUAUAACGCAAAUUAACUUCCUUGCAAAAGAGGAAAAAGCACAUGAAGACGCAGCUUCCGGAAACUUACUUGACAACGAUUGUAUGGGACAUUGGAGACACCCACACGGUUGCUCAGUGGAGGAACACAAUUGCGAAUACUAUGCCCAUUGGCAAACCGUGGGGCGUGGCGAUGAGAUGAGGUGGUAUAUCGAAACUAAAAAUACGCAGACAUGGACUGGAGUUGGAUUCAGUGAAAACGAAAAAAUGUCGCAAACUGAUGCCAUCAUCGGAUGGGUUGACCAAAGAACGGGACGACCGUUUCUGAUGGAUACCUGGAUUAACGGUUAUUCGGGUUCGAAGUUGGAUGGUCGACAAGAUAUCUAUAAUACUUCAGGACAUAUUGAAAAAGGCGUAACAAUAUUGGAAUUCACAAGGAAAAGAAGAAGUAAUGAUGAUCAGGACUUGUCUUUCACCGAUGACCAUUGCCUGUACGUUUUCUUCCCUGUCAAGGGCGGUGACUUCAACCCCGUAAAUAAGAAAAUUCGAAAACAUGACCAAAUUCCAGUUGUAACAACAUCGCGCGUGUGCAUUAAGUCAUGUGGCUUAGCCGAAUUAACGUCGAUUGUUGGAGGCCCAACAACUCCUGCGCCAGACCGAAUUGCUUACAAUGUGGGCGUCAAGCUUACAAAUCUGGCGGAAUCUUUUGACGCACCUGAAGAAAAUACGGUCGACUUCAAAAAUCUUGCAGCAACCAUAUCCGACUCCUUCAAUGGUAUACUGAGCGAUGUACCUGGAUAUUACAAAGUUGAUGUUCAAAAAUUUGUGAAGGACGGAACAACAAUGAUUGCUAACAUGAACAUACUAUUGGAUAAAGCUGCAUUCGAAAAAAGUCAACAAGGAAAAGUUCAGAAGGCAUCAUUCGGUGAUGAUGUAUACGAGGACAGCGUAGUGAAAACGAUAAUUUCCAAAAGCCUAGCAAGUGGCAGAAUAGGAUCAUUGACUGUUGACCCUAUGUACCUGGAAUUCUAUAAUUUAGAUUAUAACGCAAUGAAUACCAAAGAGAAAUCAGCGGCGGAAUCAUUCUUCAAUUUAUCAGAAACCCGACUCUACAUAGUUUUAGGAUGUAUAAUUGCAUUAGUGUUAAUCGCUCUAAUUCAAGCAGCUUGUACUAUUUAUAAAACGACACGCAAGAGCAGAAACCAAAAGGAUCAACUCAUACCAAAUUCAGCAUGGAAAGACUACUCAGCCAACACAAACUAUGCUUUUGAGUCCUUCGGCGAAACAGAGGAGAAGUCCUCUAAAUCGCAAGGGCGUGACCGUGAUCGUGAUCGGGGUCGCAGUUCCAGUAGUCAACAAACAUUGCAAAUGUCACACUCUCCCACCAACAAGGCGGGACAAUACUAUGAGACCGGAGGUGCACGAUCUGGGCGCUACGAACAAAAUGGUGCCAAUUCGAACGGCGGAGCGGGGGACCACCACUACGGCUACCAUCGCUACCAAAAUGGACAUCAUAACGACCACCAUGCGGGAAUGCCUCGAUCAUCCUACGCUGACCGAUCGUAUUCCUUGCCGCGAACAGUUGUCCAGCAACAAACGGCCAUGCAACCACCCGGCUACUACACCCAGGAUCGCCGUAAUCGCCAGCCGAUGCGGGAUAGUCGCGAUCGCAGCCGCGACCGCGAACGCGAUGCACGCUCCAGUUCUCAAGGAACAGACACUCCGGAUUUCUACUUCAUGCCGUCACAACGAAAAUACUCAGGCGAAGUAGUGCGAGUCUACGUCGACUACAAUAAAGAGCCCAAGAAUUGAUCAAACCAUUUAUCAUAAAUUUUAUUGUUUUAAUUUAUGGAAAUAUAGUAGAAUGUCGGAAUUGGUUGCUUGCUAGAUCAGAACAAGGCAACGGUGCACCCUAACUCUUCUAAGGCCUGUAGAUUUCAGCAAAUGGACAUCCGAUUUUAAGGAUCAAAUGAUUGUUUGCCAAAAUCCGGCUAACCGCACGAAAAUUCUCAAGGACCCAAAUAUAUAUAUUGAAAUAUGAAAAAACACAGAUGACCCAGAUUAUCCGAAAUCAAAUCCAGAAGCCGUCGAUCAGCCCCUAGCAAGCAUCCAAGCCGCCUACAAUACUUCCUUGCUGCUAAACCAAUUCACAAAAGCAAUAACGAAUAUAGUCAUCACCUUAAUUAUUUUUAUUUUGUCGUCUUUUUUGUUGAACCACAAUUUCUUGUUCAUUUAUUUUCUUUAUUAUAUUGUAUUAUUUUUAAAUAUGCUCUGUAAUUACAAAUAACUUAAUUACUUGAAACGUAUGCAAUAGGGUAAUUUGCGCUCACAAACAAACGUACAUGAAAGACACUCGAUUACAUAUACAUAUAUUAUUACCUUCGUGAAGAUUGGAGAAUGUUUGAAAAUCUUUCAUCGAUUGAUUGUAUAAUGUGUAAGGCAGGAAAUUCUGUAAAUAUACCUUUAUAUACAAAAAAUGCUGUAGGUUAAGUAAAAAAAUAAAUAAAAACCGAACGAAGCCUAGCUAAAC